UAUCAGAGGACCUCUCUCCCAAGGUCUCCCUGUAGAGCUUCUGACCAGAACGCCUCUUAGAAAGAGAUCAACCUCCCUGCGGCUUCACUAGAACAGUCCACUACAACCAGAAAACACCAAGCAAACAGACUCCUAACGAAGACCAAUCUAAGCGGUUCGGCCCAGAACUCACCUGGACAUCAGCGGAGCCCUGCAGCUGCACUAAAGGCCUCAGUUCACAAACACCGCAAAAACCCUUCCACCCGAAAGAGAAGAUGAUAAAGAGGAUGGUGUUGCUGAUGAUGCUGUACUUUAGUUUCGGCUGCUUCAUGCCACACACGGAAGGCAUGUUUGCUGGAUCUCAUUUCUGCUCAUUCAAUGGUUCAACUCGCUAUUUCUUCUGCAGCAAGGUCCAUGAGAUUCCAAGAUAUAUACCGAAAAAUACUACAUUUGUGGAGAUCAAACUGACUCAGAUCAGCGUGCUUCGCCGAGCAGCCCUGGCUGAACUACACGAGCUGAAGAGAAUAGUGCUGUCUGAGAAUGAUGCUCUUGUGCGAAUUGAAGACUACGCCUUCUACAACCUGACAGAGCUAAAGGAAAUUACUAUCACAAAAUCAAAAAAUCUUGAGAUCCGAGAACGUGCCUUCUGGAGACUUCCAAAGCUACAGUAUCUGACUAUAUCAAACACUGGUAUUAAAUUCCUACCUGAUUUCUCCAAGAUCAACUCUGCUGCUUUUGAAUUUCUAUUUGAUCUACAAGAUAACAUGCGCAUAAAUGAGAUUCCUUGUAACGCUUUCCUCGGAUUGACCAGUGCCACCAUAACUGAGCUGAGAUUAACAAAGAAUGGGAUCCGUGAGAUAGCCAGCUAUGCAUUCAAUGGUACCAAAAUUGAAAAACUAUUUCUCAUGGGAAACCAGGAGCUGAGUCAUAUCCACCCGUACGCCUUUAAAGGAGCUGAAGGCCCUAUCGUUCUGGACAUCUCACGUACUUCUGUCCACACCCUGCCAGAAAGCAUCCUGAGGACUCUUAAGCUUCUGACGGCCACCUCUGUCUACUCUCUAAGAAAGCUUCCCAACCUGAAGCUGUUUAAUGAGCUCAAGCAGGCCAACCUGACCUACCCCAGCCACUGCUGUGCCUUCAAAACCUUCAAGAAGCACAAGUCUGUGAAGAAUCAAAUUUGUAACGAUUCUGGUGCCCACCUCUUCGAACCAUACUUUUUUGAAGACCACUGUAAGGAUAUAAUAGAAGUGACCUGCUACCCCAGACCAGAUGCAUUCAACCCCUGCGAGGACAUAAUGGGUUUUACAUUCCUGCGUGUUCUGAUCUGGUUCAUCAGCAUAUUGGCCAUCGUUGGCAACUGUGCUGUCCUCCUGGUGCUCCUUACGAGCCGCUACAAACUGACUGUUCCCAGGUUUCUAAUGUGCCACCUGGCUUUUGCGGACUUUUGCAUGGGCAUUUACCUGUUGAUCAUCGCUGCCAAGGACAUUCAGACACAGUCCCGCUACUACAACUAUGGCAUAGACUGGCAGACGGGAGCUGGGUGCCAUGCGGCAGGCUUCUUCACAGUUUUCUCCAGCGAGCUGUCGGUUUACACUCUGACUGCCAUUACCCUGGAGCGCUGGCACACCAUCACUUACGCUAUGCAGCGGGAACGCCAGCUGCGCCUGCGCCAUGCCUGCACAAUAAUGGCGGCUGGGUGGCUUUUCGCCCUGUUGACUGCUCUGAUGCCCAUUUUGGGAGUGAGCAGCUACAGUAAGACCAGCAUCUGCCUGCCAAUGGAUGUAGAAACGAUGAUUUCACAAGGUUACGUGAUGCUGUUGCUCCUACUCAACGUAGCUGCUUUUCUAAUCGUAUGUGUCUGUUAUAUGAGCAUCUACCUGACUGUACACAAUCCCACCUUUGUUCCUGCCAAUGCAGACAUGCGUAUAGCAAAGCGCAUGGCCGUGCUCAUCUUCACCGACUUCUUGUGCAUGGCUCCCAUCUCGUUUUUUGCCAUCUCUGCAUCCUUAAAGCUACCGCUAAUCUCCGUCUCUCAUGCCAAAGUCUUGCUGGUGCUUUUUUACCCCAUAAAUUCCUGCUCAAACCCGUUUCUCUACGCCUUCUUCACCCAAACCUUCAAGAGGGAUUUUUUCAUUCUGACCAGCCGAUUUGGCUGCUUUAAAACACGUGCGCACAUUUACCGCACAGAGAUCUCUUCGGGCCAAAACGGAGCCAUGGUGCCUUCGCCAAAGACUAGUGAUGGAACACUGUAUUCCUUGGUACAAGUCGCCGAAGUGCACUGAUCACUAACUCAGUCUACCAAAAUAUGCUGCUUGGAAGCUGAAAUGAGGAUAAAUAAGGAAAGACGUGGAAUCUGGAUAUGAAAUUCUGAAAGACUUCUAAUGGCAUGUAAUAGGGUAAAGGCAUCUCAUAUUGAUUUUGUGUACUUACAGUGUUUGACCUCUUGGGUCAAAUUAUUCAGAUGCCUUAGAAGUACAUACUCCAUUCACAAGAUGCUGCUUGAUUGACCUUUGACAUAUCCUGCAUCGAUUAGUGCACAAAUUGAGAUUAGGAGAUAUUUUUAUCAUGAAUAACGUAGAUCUCUACAUCUUUCAACAAGCAUGCAGCAUUACAUAUUGUCAAAUUACGUUAUUCAUACUUCUGUAGUGAAAAGCUUGUCAAAUUUAAAGGGAUUAUGCAUCCAAAAUUUCCAGCAUCAUGUUUUUCAAAACUUGUUUAUCAUCUGCAGAAAAGAGGAUGCUUUAAGGCUCUUUAAGGCUUGCUGAAACUGCUGGCAAAGGUCAACAUGCAAAAAAUAAAGAAAUAAUAAUAAUAAAAAAAAUUGUAAACCAUUAACAGCGUGUUUUGUAUAUUUGUUCAUUUUACAUAACCAAAAAUAAUAGAAGUCAAAAAUAAUUACACUACAUAAAAACCUCCAGAUCCAUUUAGAUGGUUUUGUUUUCAGUUCUCAUGUGUGCUGAAACUAAGAGGACAUUUAUAGCCCUUGCCAUUGCCUACUCUUAUCACAAAUAUUUCAGUCCUUUAGCACUGGAAUGAUUUGUUCAAGGUCACUAUAACCUCGCGGACCAACCGCAGUAUGAGAGAUGUCUGAGAGAGUAUGAGAAUUUUAAGUUGAAUGGAUUUAUGGUACAACCAAUGAAUCCUUCACUGGACAUUCACACGACAGAGUCUGCUUCUGCUUUACAUGAACUGAGGUACAAUUUCAAACCCAAGUUAGGAGUGAGUCUCUCUCUGUCCAAGUCUUGACUCUAUUCUUAUCUUUGCACCUGCAAUAAUGUUUAAGCUCUGAGACAGAGAGCUGUUGUUCUGCUGCUUUUUUUUUUUGGCAGUAAUGUUUGCCUCAGUGUUGGAGUGGAGCGAUGGGAGUGUGUGGCAGUUACAGCAGCUGUGCAAUACAGCGCCCUGAACUCAAACCUCAAAUGGGCUGAGGAAGUUCACACACAAAAAAAGAGGAAUCUGCUACGAAGAUAUGGCUCAUGUAUCAAGGCCAAGGGUUCAAUGCCGUAAGUCAAGGGAACAGUGGACAGCAAGAAAGCCACACACUGAGAAGGCAGAGAGUAGUUACUGCAACCAUUAAAACUUUUUUUAGGAGAUAAUCAUUACUUUUAAAAACCCAUGUCUGUGGCUCACCAUAUUUUAAUUCCUACACCCACAGUGACAACUAAGAUGAU